AUGUCCGUCCCCAUCAUUGCCGCCAUCGGCGGCCAACUCGCCGCCGAGUUUGGUGAUCCGGUCUCUUCGAACUGGUAUGUCGCGUCGUGGACAACCGGCAUCUCUGUCAGCUUCAUGAUGUGGGGCGCGAAUACGGACGUGCUGGGCCGAAGAUGGUUCUUGAUUGCAGGACAGGUCAUCUGUGUUGCUGCACACUUGAUCAUUGCCCGAUCGACGAAUGCGGAAAUGAUGAUUGCUGGCAUGGCCGUGAAUGGCUUCGGUGCCGCAUUGUGUCAGAUGGCAGCGUUUGCGCUUCCCGAGCUGCUCCCAAACAAGUGGCGCCAUAUUGGUAUCGUUCUGGCCGAUCUCAUGGUGUACAUCAUCAUCAUUGUGUUCCCUGUCACGGCACGAUAUGGCGUGAGUGGAGGUGACUGGCGUGCACAUUUCUACACCGGUGCCAUCCUCCAGGCCGCCUCAUUCCUCGGCCUGUACUUCUUCUACUUCCCCCCAGCGCACCCUCUCGGCCUGCCAUUCAGCGAGGCGUUGAGGCAGAUUGACUUCAUCGGCAUCAUCCUCUUCAUUUGCGCCGCAGUGCCCAUUCUCAUCGGCCUCGUCUGGACCGGCAUUUAUGAGUCCGACUCUUUGCAUGUUGUGAUCUCAUUGCCCGUAGGAUUCGCCUUACUGGUCGUCUUUGGCCUUUGGGAGACAUUCGGGUGGGCCAAACGCCCUCUGACCCCUCCGGCGAUCUUCAGCAAACGCAGGGGCAGAGACUUUGCCGCCCCGUGUGUCGCCGUGGCGGUCAUCAACAUGUUCUACUACUCCAGCAGUCUCAUCUGGCCCACCCUCAUCGACUCCUGCUACACCACCGCAGGCCAGCCAUGGAAAAAGGCCGCCGGCCUCGCCGUGACCCAGGGUGUCGCCAUCACGCUGGGCGCCAUGGGACUAUCCUUCUUGGGAGGUACACUAAAACACUAUCACUGGCAACUGACGCUAUCCACCGGAGUCAUGGUUCUUUUCGGUGCGCUGCACGCCCUGGCCACUCCGGACAAUCUCGGCUUGAUGUUGGCUUUCAUGUUCCUCUGCAUGGUGGGAUACGGCUGGGCGAUCUACCUGUGCAUUGCUUUCACCCAGAUGGGCGUCGUGCAAGAGCAAUUGGGCAUCUCAGGCGGUCUGUCUGGAAGCAUUCGAUUCGCUGGGGGCACUCUUGCUCAAGCUGUGUACCAGUCCGUGAACCAAAACGAGAUCGCCAAGAAGACUCCCUUGCUGCUGACCAGGGCGGCGGAGCGUGUCGGAGUGCCUGCAGCCCGCAUCCCCCUGGUCCUGGAGCUUGCCACCCAGAAGGAUAAGCUCCUCGUCGCAUUUUCUCCCGCAGUUGUCACGGCGGUGGAACAGGCCCAGCAGGAGGCUGUCGUGGCCGGCAUCAAGAUGAUUGCGUACACCAGCUUGGCAUUCGGUGUGGUUGGCAUCGCGGCCUGCAUGUACUGCUCGGAUGUUGACGCGAAGAUGAACGACAAGAUUGAAAUCUUUUUGGAGAACGAUAUCUAUGCCGAGCGCAAUGUGCAUCACUAG